AUGAGACAUUUUGUGCAAUGUUUAAGAGCUAAUUUACGUGAGAAUGUUCUACUAAAGCAACCCAAGAGUUUCCAAGAACCUGAGGAGAUGGCUCGUCUCGCAGCCGCAGUGAAAACAACCAUGAACAAUUCCAAUGAAACCAUGGCCGUCCAGUUAAGUAACUUGACAAAAACACUAGGUACCAUGGCAGAAGGUACCAGUAGCGCAGUAAAUAAUCAACAAGCCCGCUUGCAAGUGCAAAUGGAAACAUUGACAAAGAAAAUUGACACCCUGCUGCCGACACAAGCCAAACCAGACAAGGUUGCGGCAUAUUCAGAACCUGGAAAAGAUGAGCAGAUCAUGAAACUUCAGAGAAUUAUUCGGGAACUGACUAACGAAAUGAGAAGUCUAGACCGACGUGUGGAUGCACUAAUUGAUGGAAUUGUUCAACGUGGAAGGGAUGAUUAUCCCAUUCUUUGGGGGAUCUGUGCACCUAAACAGUGCAGUGAAGAGGAUGUGACCAACGCUGUACAAGAUAUCUUUUCAGGAGCUAACCAAGAAUUUGAUAGCACAGUGUUCAAGCUAAUCCCACACACAUUCGAUGAUGCUGCCGCUAAAUCUGUUUUCUGUAACAAGAAGUCAGAGUACACAACCGGAGUAAUCACAACUUUUUGUAUUGUCAAUUUGUACAGGGUCUUGUGUGGUGUAAUCCUGUACCUAUGCCUUGUUGGAACGAUUGUCGACAUCGCUGUUAGCUUUGCCAAGUCGAACUCCUCACCUCUCAACGCAAACAACGAACUCGUGUCAAUCGGAGGUGUCUCCAUAGCGCCAGACCAGAGUAUUCCUGAUGCUGAUAAAACAAGUUUACUCCAGUCCUCCUCUGAGUUCAAUCUUAAAGAAUGUACAAACCAUCAACAGGAACCAGUUUUACCAAAUGUGGUAGUACGCUUCUUCUUGUGUUUCUCCUUAAUUCAAAACACAAACCGUAUUAUGGAUACCAAGGUGCCACCCAGCGUCAUCUCUUCAAUCAAUGGUAUGAGAGUGCUAAGCAUGUGGUGGGUCAUCCUGGGACAUACCUACGAUUUUUCACGAAGGAUACCAGUCAGCAAUUUGCUGACGUCUUAUGACAUUAUUCACCGUUUCACAUUUCAAGCUGUUGGCAAUGGAACCUAUUCAGUUGACAGUUUCUUUUUCCUCAGUGGUCUCUUAGUCGCUUAUUUGUCACUGCGUCAUAUGGAGAAGAAAAACGGCGAACUUCCACUCUUCAAGUAUUAUUUUCGUCGUUUUUGGAGGUUAACUCCAACUUACAUGUUUGUUUUGCUGUUUCUGGGCAAGCUGUUAAGAUUUCUUGGUGAGGGUCCUUUGUGGCAUCCAGAGAAGUUCGUAUACCAAUGUAGAAAAUACUGGUGGACAAAUCUAUUGUACAUCAACAAUUUCUAUCCGACUUUUGAUGCACAGGUGAGAUUAACUGCUCAUCUAAAAUGAAAAAAAAAAUGGGUUGAACACUAAUUCUCCUAAUGCUUUCGGAUAACCGUUACUUGAUUACAGGACAGUAGGAACGAAUAAACAUACAAGAAAGACAUUUGUUGGGGGCGAGAAGUUGAGGAACGACAAGAGGCACAGAAAAAUGUUAUGAGCUUGACGUCACAAUUACAGCAAGUCAUGCAACGGAUUGCUUGGAUCGAAAU